CCCGGUGUCCAGCAUGAUGUCUUACCUCAAACAGACCCCGUACGGGAUGAACGGGCUGGGCCUGAGCGGGGCCGCCAUGGACCUGCUGCACCCGUCCGUGGGUUACCCCGGAAACCCGCGGAAGCAGCGCCGGGAGCGGACCACCUUCACCCGGACGCAGCUCGACAUCCUGGAGUCGCUGUUUGCCAAGACGCGCUACCCGGACAUCUUCAUGAGGGAGGAGGUGGCGCUGAAGAUCAACCUGCCCGAGUCCAGGGUGCAGGUCUGGUUUAAGAACCGACGGGCCAAGUGUCGGCAGCAGCAGCAGAGCAGCAACAGCGCCAAGGUGAAGCCCAUGAAGAAGAAGUCGUCCCCGGCGAGGGAGAGCACCGGCUCAGAGAGCAGCGGCCAGUUCUCCCCGCCGGCGGUGUCCAGCUCCACCUCCUCCAACCCUUCCUCCGCCUCCUCCUCCGCGUCCUCCUCCUCCGGCCCCUCCGGCCUCCUCGGCGGUCCCGGUCUGAUCAGCACUUCGGCCUCCGUCACCGCCCCGGUGUCGUCCAUCUGGAGCCCGGCGCCCAUCUCUCCGGCCCCGGCGCCGGCCGCGAUGCCGGACCCCGCCGCCCCCGGCAGCGGCGCCUCCUGCAUGCAGCGCUCCGCGUCGUCCUCCGGCGCCGGGGGGACGCCCUCCUACCCGGUGUCGUACAGCCAGACGGCGGCGGCCUACGGCCAGGGUUACCCGGCCUCGGCUUCGGGCUCGUACUUCGGCGGCGUGGAGUGCGGCUCGUACCUGGCGCCCAUGCACUCCCACCACCACCCGCACCACCCGCACCAGCUCAGCCACAUGACCGGCAGCUCCAUGACGGGACACCCGCACCACCACAUCGGCCAGACGUCGGGGCACCACCACCACCACCACCACCCGUCGCACCACCACCAGGCGUACAGCGCGCCCGGCCUCGCCUUCAACUCCACGGAUUGUCUGGAUUACAAAGAGCAGACGGCGGCUUCGGCCUGGAAACUCAACUUCAACGCCUCCGACUGUUUGGACUACAAAGACCAGGCCUCGUGGCGCUUCCAAGUGCUGUGACCUCCCGGGGUUCUCUUCUUCUCUGCUUACAAAGAAGUGUUCUCUCUGUUGUUUGGUGGUUUAUAUCUGAAGAUGCGUUUAAACUAAUAUUAGAGACGUUUUUAAGAAAGUUUAUUUGUGAACGAACUGAAACGACGCUCGGAUAGCCCGAAGGCCUGAGCGGGGGGGCGAGGGGGGG